AUGGCAGCACCUCUUGCAUCUCUGUGCAGGACAGGGGCAGAAAUCAGUCUCCUGAAAAUAAACCAAGGGCUUCAAUUCCAGCUGGAAAAAAGCAAGCAGGACUUCUGAGACCUUAAGAAGAAAUUCUUUAUAUCUGAAGCUACUGCCUACUUCCUGGCCAACCAACUAUAGAAAUACAAGUGUGAACAGUCCACCAACGUCAUUGAAUCCGUGCUGGGGAAGGAGAUGCUGUUUGAGAUGGGCAAGCAGGCAGACACGUUGGCUGAGAAGCUCAGGCAAUAUCAUAUCCUAGUUAAAGAUCAGGAUAAAGAGCUGACCCGUUUGUAUGAGAAGCUACAGGAAGGGAAAGAUGUUUCCCAACUACUCAAUAAGUACCUCGAGGACCUCCUCACCCAAAAUGACAAUGAGCAUUGCCAAGGACAGGCCUUCCAAGAGCAAAUGGCUGAGGGACACAGGCAGGCCAAGUGUCUUGCCUGAAAGCUCAGUCCAGUCUCUAAGGUCCUUGGUAUGAAGGUGAGCAGCAAAGGAAUUGCUAAAGAGACAACUACCAAAAUUAAACACCAAGAGAACAGGGAGCUUCAGGAAGUUGAGAAGAAGGAAGUCCCACAGGACACAGAGGAUGAAUGUGUUCUGACUCCUUCAACUCUGCAAGAAGGGUGUGACAGCGACCAGUCUUACAAUGAUGGCGAAUUCCCAGUUAACCUCUUUGCUUUCUGGACCACUCCCUUCUGCGCUCCAUCAAAGCCAGACAAGACAGAGGAUUCAGAUCCCUCUGAGGUUAAUGUUCAGUUGUCCCCAUGGAGCAGGCUCAGGAAACAGCUGCUAGAGGUGGUAGAGAAGGACACCUCAUGGGACUCUCCGGAUGAAUGCUACUUGACAUACUCAGUGCUUCCUGACCUGUCUGACUCCUACUGGCCUUACAAGAGCACCGCCAUCUUCUCACCUGAGAACCCAGAAGUCUGUUCCUCUCUGGAAGGGGCCAAAAAUCAGUUCCAUUGUGAGGAGAAAGAAGACCAAGACCUCGUAGGUCCCAGAUAUCUCUACUGUCUCCACAGCAGCCACACACUGCUCAUGAAACAGAAGGAUAGUUUUUGCAUCAAUAAUGGCUGUGCUCCUUUGUUAUAA